AGUAUCUGGUAACCAGCUUCAUAAGGUGACCUAGGUUCUCUUCUCACACAUGCUGACUUUCUCUGCUCUUAAAAAGCAGCCAAAUAAUGAACCGUCAGAAUAAUGUUCCGUUCAACCCUUCAGUGAUGCCUAAAGGAGCAGCUCCAGUGUACCACCAACAGCAGCCUGGAAGAGUACCCCAGGAUUUUAGAGAAGUUAUGAAACAAAUCUCAAUGAAAUCAGCAGACAACUCAAACACCAGGACAUCUGACAUGGCUGCUAAACCAGCACCAGUCCGCAAGCGUGCAGGGAAAUGUUUUGGUGAUAAAUGGAAGUCUUCAUUCAAACCAAUAGGAGAACAAGAUGGAAACUCUUCAGACAAAAGCACUGGCAGUCCAGAAAGGGUGGAGCUUUAUAAUCCUUACGAACCUGGCUCAUCAGACUCUGAGCUUGAGAUGCCAAAAGACAAAGACCACAACUACUCCCCACAUGAUCAGGAUAACAACCUGGGAUGCCAGGAUGUGUCUCCAAGUGUGGGUUCCAGUUACAGCCGCUGGGAUUCGCCUUUCCCUAAGCCGAGGAGCCAGCCCCUCGACAGACUUGACUUUAGCCCUGAAACCAGACCCACUACAUCACUUGACCCACCAGGUUAUGGCUCCAUAAGCAGAACUUUGGACCACAGGGACAACAGCCCUGACAGGCUUAUUCACAGCUCCCCCACCCAACGGUUUCCUGCAUCUUAUGGAGGACAGUGGACCAACAGGGAGGAGAGGAUAACAAUCCCAGAAUACAGGAGAGAGAUGAACACUACUGUUAGAUUAUCCCCACCCAGUUUAGAGCAGGACUAUCAACAUCAGUUGGGAUACGUGCAAACAGGACUGGACCAAAUCACACCUUCCACAGAGGUGACAAGAAACAGGACCAAAAAAAUAAUAAUGGACAAGAGCCCCAUCAUUUGUGACCUCUGUGACGUUGAGUUAGCCAAUGGUCAGGAGCUGGAGGAUCACUUGGAUGGCAAGAGUCACUGGGACACCCUGGAGUACAUUCAGCAGCAGAAUAAUUAUGAUGAUGUGGCUAUGGCCUUCCUCCAGGAAGUCAUGCUGUAUAAAAGCCGUCAGUGUAGCCGAGCGAUAGGGGUUAGUGCACUUCAAGCUCUGCAGGAAAAUGACCACAUGACAAAGAUUGAAAUGUUCCACUGUACUGCUUGCAAAGCCUUUGUAUCCACAUCUGCAUCCUCUGUGCAGACUCACAUUACCUCUCAGGAACACCUCUCCAACACAAAGGAGUUUGAAGUGCAGCAGAGACGUACUUGCCUUGACAAAGCAGAAACCAUGAUGAAGGAGCUAACACCUCAGUUUGAACACUUCCUGAAGGGUGGCAGUCCAUUUGAAUGACAGAAAUCGAUGAAAGUCUCCAAAAUACUGUUUACACUGAGAUGCCGUUGGCUUCAGCUGAAGAACAAUGGCCUUAAAACAGUCACACCUACACAUGUGCUGUGCUUUAUGUGCCUUCCAUGAUUUGUCUGAAUAAAUGGAGGCAUCUUCAGUGUAGGUUUGUGCAUAGAAAUAUGGAUUUUCAUGCGUCUUUGUUCAUAUGGUCAUUUCACAUUUUGUCAAGAUUAACACUUGCUAUAGUAUUCCCUGGUCACUAUUUCAUCACCAUUUGGUCACUUUACGAAGAUAAGUUUGUAAUUUUUUUUCAUUUACAGAUUCAAUGUUUUUGUAAUUUGUGUACAAACAAUGAUUGGAAAACAUCAA